GCACUCAUAUUAAAUACUUAGGGCCCAAAUCAGCUAACUUGACCAGAUGCUAUUUUAUUAAAAGCCUCAAGGAAGUCACCGUACCUAGAGGUAUACAUAGCAGCCAAACCUAAAAAAAAAAUUUAGAGCAUGUACGCUAUUUCAUUCUCUCCGUAGAGCCUACCCGCGUCUUAUCUUCUGAAAAUACUUCUACUGGAAUUCUUCAAUCAAGAGUUUCUCUUCGAGUUUAAUCAUGAAUCUGAUUUAAGAGAAGAGCUUAUCGGAAGACAUUAUCAGGUGCCACACAUCUGAGUAAAUUAAGUUCAGCUUUUGACAGGUAAUAAACAAGGUAUGGAAGCCUGAGAGAAUGGAUGGAGCCGGUGACAAGGUUUUGGAUGGGUUAACAGAGAAGAUCUGGCUGUCGGUUAUAUUUUGUUUCAGUACAUUGAUGUGCAACUCAUCGGCAGAGCGCGGAAAGCCAUACUGCAAUACUUGAUGGAGUAUUGGGAUUGGGCAACAACCAAAUGUCCGCCGUUAACCAGUUGGCAGCAAAAGGAGUAAUACCCUCCGUAUUCUCUCACUGCUUCAAGAGAACUGGCGGCGGUUCAUUUGUUCAUGGACAGGUUGUGCAGCCCAAUAUUAUGUACACUCCAAUGGUGCCCGGUGCGAAUUACCGUGUGGAGCUCCAGAGUAUCUAUAUUAAUGAGCAACCAGUACCCAUUGAUCCCCAAUUAUUUGGUGCAAACAAUGGAGGAACUCUAAUAGACUCUGGAACCACUAUGGGUUACAUUGUGAUGGAGGCAUAUGAUCCCUUUGUUAAUGCUAUCAACCAAAUUGUGUCAAAUAAUGUGUAUAUCUAUAAUGGCGAGGGUAGGCAAUGCUAUGCCUCCUCAUCUAGUGUUUUUACCAUUUUUCCAUCCAUCCGUUUAAAUUUUGCGGGGGGUGCAUCAAUGAUUCUCCAGCCUAUAGACUACCUUGUACAUCAAGAUUCGGUGGAUGGAACGAGUCACUGGUGCUUGGGAUUUUUUAAAUCUGAAAAAAUGUCCGUCUUAGGAGAUCUUCUUCUCAAAGAUAAGAUCGUUGUUUACGAUUUAACUAACCAACGGAUUGGAUGGACCGAUUACGACUAGGUUUUGACGAGACAACAAGACAGAUACCAAAUUCUAUCUACAACUCAGCACAAGGGAGAGUGUUGAAGGAAAAUCUAUGUAGUGCGUUAUCGUUUAUAUCGAAUAUGCAUUAGUGUCGUUCUAUGUAAACUAUGUAUUCUGGGCCUGUUGGCCCGCAGUUGUAAACCCUAUUCUAUCGCUAUUAACAGGGGCGGAGCCAGGAUACGACGAAGAGGGGGGCCGGGUAAAAUAAAAAAUAGUAAAAAUUCAAAUAAAAAAUGAAAUUAAC